AUGGAGGCGGUGGAGACGCUGUCGGACCACCGGUAUAUCCGGUUCGACGUCUCCACCGAUCCCUCGAGCGCGCCAGUCCGACGGGCCCCAAGUGGUCCACGUUGGGCGUUGAGACAGCUGGACAGGGAGCUCCUCCUGGAAGCCUCCAUCGUCCAGUCCUGGGUGCAAGCACCGGUCAGGCCGGACGAUGUGAAUAACGAGGCCGACUGGUUCCGGGAGGCUAUGUCCUCUGUCUGCGACUCGGCAAUGCCCCGAGUCCGCCGAAGCCAAGCGCGGCGCAAGGUGUACUGGUGGUCGCGGGAGCUGGCAUCGCUCCAGGCGGCGUGCUAUGCCGCGCGACGCCGGUACACCAGGUACCGCCAAAUCCGCAUCCGGCCUGUGGAUGCGGUGGCUCGAGAGGCGGAGCUAUACCAGGGGUACAGAGACGCAAAGACGCUCUCUCGGGCGCGAUUCUAG